AAAUGUGUCUGCUAAAUGCAAACAUUUUUAUAAAAGCGAAUUAGGAAACUUUUUGUGUGCCCUAUUAUUUUCUUGUUUAAAGACCUGCUGUGACUAUCUAGUAUGUAACUUAUAUGCAUAGUCUAAUAGUUUCCUGUUUCUUUACAAUGGCACAAACAAGAUCCUUCAUUGAAUCUCUUUCAGAAGAAGGAAAUGGGUUAAAUUCAGCAGUGCGUCUCGUCAUUAUUGUAAAACACACCUGCCAUUAAGAACACAACAGGUUGGUUUUUCAGGCUGUCCCCCUCUACAAUGUCAUCUGUGACCCUAUUGUCCACUUCACUUCCUCUAUUCAGAUGAGUGAUCUUCACUGCUAUAAAUCCACCAAAGAGACAUGAAGUCGUCAGAAGGACAUCACUACUCAAUAUGAAGCUAAUUCCCAUUAUCCUGACUGCUCUUGUCUUUAUAAAUGCUGCAUAUUCAGCAGCUAUUAGAGAAGGUAGUGAAGAUUUGUUACGCUUCCUGAAUGAUGCAUUUGAACUGAAUCUGCCUCCUGAUAACCUUAAGCCAACCAUGCUUACAGAAACGACUGUAGAAAACGAAAAAAUCCUUUAUCCUGCAGUUACGACAGCAGAAUGUAAAGCAUCAGAAUUAGUUAGUGUUGUUGAGUCUUUCAACAUAACUCCUAAACCAAACUUGGCUGAAAUUACAGGCAAUGCUGAAGAGAGAUCCAUUGAGAGCAGCAACUCAGCAGACAGUGGAUUAACUGAAAAAAUAUCAGUAGAGGACAGCAGAGUGUUUGUUUUAGAUGUUGAAAGCUCCAAGAGGUUACAGCUGAGAUCCAAACUCACAGACAGCCAGUCAUUACAGGAAAAUAUCAGGAACUCAGAAGAAAGUGCCAGUAUAGACAAAACUGACAUGGAGACAGAAGUGAUGGAGGGCACAAAUAACCAUCCCAAUAAAGCACCAGUGAUGAUGGACGUUAGUAGUGAGGAAAUGGACAAACCCGUGGAGAACGUAUGGUACCGUAGCCUGAGAGCAAUCAAAAACUACAGUGCUGAGAUGACAGGAGCUCCUGACAGAAAGGAACUGGAUCCCAAAAUUCAGAGCUUGGCUUUGGGUCGAAUGAACCUCAAACACCAAUCUGGCCAACCACAUGAAACUGACAAACACCAGCAGCACACUUACAAGAGAGAGGUAGAUUUAGACAGCCCAGAGGUUGUGGACACCUCUGACAACCAGUAUCCUGAUGGUGCCAGUGAAGAACUUGAUGGUGGUCGAGGUAGAGGUCAAACAAUCGGGCUGAUCUCAGAUCAGUCCACUUUGUUGAGCAAUAACCAGACAGACAGAUCUGUGAACCAGGCCAAAUAUAACCCCAGUAUGAAGAAAGCUAAUUUAAACUCGGGGAACAGCAGUCGGGGCACAGUGGAUAACAGUACAGAAGUUGCUGGUCAGAACCCAGGAUGCACUGAGACAUCUGUUGAACAUCCAAGGGGUGAGAACAGCAGUCUGGAUCCUCCUAAAGUGGAUCCGAAGUUCCAAAAGGACACAGUGAGCUAUCAGAACCAGCUGAGGAAAUUAUGUCCCAGUAAAAAAGUAAGAACAUCCAACAACCCAAGAGAACAGCUGGAUUUAGAUAGUCCAGAGAGGGCGAACAGUGAACUUUUGGAUAACAGCAGAGAGGAACGUGUGUCACUUGCUGUGUAGAGAGUUUUUGUAGAGCGUCUACUUGCUUUUAGAUUUUGUCAGUGUGUGACUUUUAUUUUGAUAUGAUCUUAGGUCUUUUUCUAAGAUUGUUUGUUGUUAGGUUGAAUACAAUUAUAUAGUAAUAGGGCUUUAGACAUCUGAAAUAAAUGUAAAAUCCUGCCUUA